AUGGGGGUGAAGAAGUAUGCAACGGUGGAGGAAGCUGUGUUAUGUGUUAGGAGAAGAAGAAGACAUCGGGUGCGUAUUCUGAAUGAGAUUGAAGAUGAGCUGAGUAACAUUCAUAGCAGGCUUGAUUCAGAGAGUAAGGAUGUUGGUGUUUGGCAAGGGAAGUCGGGUUACAAGCAGAGGUUUUCUACUCAAGAAACUUGGAAGCAGUUGAGAGUAAACAAACCUUCUUGUGCUUGGGCUAAAGGUAUUUGGAUUUCACAAGCUACUCCGAAAUAUGCAUUUAUAGCUUGGCUAGCUUCGCUAGAUAGAUUGUCUACUCUAGACAGAGUGGCUAAAUGGAGCAGAGGGCUUGAUGAAACUUGUGUGCUUUCUAAAGGUGUUAUGGGGAGUUCGUAUACUAAUCGAUGGGAGGAGAUUAUGGUAGUAGUUGGUGAUACAUCGAGAGAGAAGAAGAGUCUUUUUCUUAUCAGGUACUCUCUUCAAGCGGUUCUUUAUGAAGUGUGGCGAGUUCGCAAUAAAGUUAGGCAUGGUGAUAAGUUAUUGCCUUUGCUAGUCAUUAAAAGAAUGCUUGAUAAGGAGAUCAGAAACAAGAUCAGUGUGAUGCGAAAGAAAGGGCUCAAAGGGAUGGAAGAUUUGAUGCAACUCUAG